GGUCUGGCUUUCAGCUGAGUUUGCUUCUAGGAAAUUGAUUCUGGCCGCAGUAGGGUUGGAGGCAGGCCCAGAUUCCAGGCAGGGCUCUGCCUCCUAGCAGCUGUGUGCCCCUGGGCACAUCAUUUCCCCUCAGAGCCUCAGUGUCCUCCUCUGUGAAAUGCAGAUAGCAGUCGGGAGGAGCAAGAUAAAUAUUUAUAUAAAGUGCGCAGGGCUGUGAAGCUGCCCCCACCACCUGACCUGGGUCCUCCCCUCCCCUUUCUUGGCUCCCCAGUGAUCUCAAAACGUUCUGGACCAUUGUUCGUCCGGGAAAGAUCACACGGAGAAGCUAACAAAGCGCCAGGAAGCGGCCAGGGUGGGACAGGUCUGGGGAGGGAAGGAGCGUGGGUGCAUUCUCAGCGCUCCAGGGGGUGCCAGCCUGGAGAGCCCCAGCGGGGAGCCGGCCAGGGGCCAAUUCCUUUCCCGGAGCCGGGGCCCUCCACCUCCAGAAUCGCUCCCUGGGGCUGGUCCUCUUGCCCAUGCCAUCCCUGAUCUGGGGGUAAUGCCAGCGCUUGAGACUGUAAGAGGGGAAGUGUAAGCGGCCUCUCCUCUAGCUCCGAACUCCUCGCGCAUCACGGCGUCUGUGUUCUCGAAGGCCCCGAGGAGCUAGCCUGCCCUGCGCUCACCCGCACAGCCAUGGAGGCCCUAGGUCCGGGGCGCGACCGCGCCUCCUCAGCCUCAUCCACGCACAGCCUGGACCUGCGGCGGCUGUCCGUGCGCGCCGACUCUGCCUACGGCUCCUUUUCUGCGGCCUCGGGCGGCGCCGAGCCGCGCACGCCGUCCCCGGGCGGCGACCUCCUUCCGUACCUGGACUGGGACUACGUGCGCCUGGUGUGGGGCGGCCCGGCGCCCGCCCGGCCCGCUGCCGCCCUGCACGCCUCCCUGCAGCCCCGGCCCGCAGCCGCCGCCCGCAGUGGGCCGUGUUCCCCGCAGGUGCAGGGCGCCCCGGGGGCACUCAGCAGGCAGGCCACCCCUCUCCUGUACGCGCUGGCGGCCGAGGCGGAGGCCGCAGCGCGGGCCGCGGAACCGCCCAGCCCUCCGGCCUCGCGGGCCGCCUACCGCCAGCGCCUGCAGGGCGCACAGCGGCGAGUCCUCCGGGAGACGUCCUUCCAGCGCAAGGAGCUCCGCAUGAGCCUGCCCGCCCGCCUGAGGCCUGUGGCCCCCGCGCGGCCCCCGACGGCGCACUCGCGCUCCGCUUCGCUCGGCCACCCAGGCGGCGAGGGGGAACCGGCGCGCUCCGGGAUUCUCGUGCCAGGAACCGCCGGCCGGGGCCGCCUCGCCAACCCGAAGCAGAAGUGGUGCUUCUCCGAGCCAGGGAAGCUGGAUAGCGUGGGCCGGGGCGCUGGGAUGACUUCGGGGUACUUGGGUGGGGCCUGCUCCAGCUUUGGCCAAGUCGGGCCCGAGCCCCAGGAAUUGCAGCAUCGGGCGUUGACAGAGUUCGAAGGUCUCCAGAUCAGAUGGCCACCCCGAGGCACAGGGGACCCAGAAACCCGGUCCUUGAAGCUCGACAACGCCUACAGACCUGCCCGCAGGAAUCAGAGCGCUUCAGGGGAAGCUUUGGGUCCCUGGGGAGGUCCCGGAGGGGCCGUGCCCAUUAUCCAGGCCGUUCCUCAAGGAGCAGAACCCCCCAGACCAUUAUUUCAAGCCAGACAUCCCAGGUUCCCGACUCAGAAGGAAGCUGCCACAGUGGUGUGUCCUGCAGCGGGUCCCCAGAGCAGUCCCACUGACGGCCAGCACAGGGUCCCGGAGACCGGCACUGCGUCUGUCCGGCUCCCCUCCCUUCCUGAUGAUGAGGUCUUCCUGGAAGAAGCCCAGCCGGUCAGAACGAGAUCACCUCCAGACUCCUCUGUACGCCCAGGGUUCCCAGCCAGUGUCCAUGCCUCUGACCUGCCAUGUGGAGCUGGCUUGAGCCAAAGGCCUAACCGGGCUACUGUCCCCCUAGAACACCCCUUCCGCGAGGGCCCGGAGACUGCAGGGGCAGAUGCCCGCUGGCAGGGGGUAAACGGCUGUGUGAGCGUCUCCAGGCCCACAUGCUGUAGCCCCACUGGGACUGCAAAUGGCGACAUCCCAACCACGGACUGCAUUGGGUUGCUGAUGACUGACUUCCCUGCUGCUGCAGAGAGCAACCCCCUCCAGCCUUUCCCAGAGGAUGCCUUGGGGCCACCAGGUGAUGACACCCAAGGGCCUCGAGAUGACGAGGCCCUGGCUUGGGGCACUGGCCAGCCUGGUUCCCAACUGACGUGGCCCAGUCCCCGCUUGGAGGAGCUGGUUCAGGAGCUGGCCAGACUGGAUCCCUCUCUGAGUGGCACUCUCACCUCCUACCCCAGCCCAGAGUCUCCUCUGGAUCUGCUGGAUGGGCUGAUUCCUUUGGCUGAGGUCUGGGCUGCCAUGAGGCCAGCCUGUGGCAAGACUGGAGAGGAGGCUGCUGGGACUUCUGAGCCAGGAUGCAUACAACUCCUGCCAACUUCUCAGGAAGAAACGAGGCUUGAAAACCCUACCACCCAUACUGUGCCUGACCAGCCAUGUGGCCAGGGUCUCCCAGAGCCAAACAGCAGCAUCCAAGCUAAGAAAGUGGAGCUAGCGGACCUCCUCCAAAAGGCACUGCAGAACCUUCAGGCUGAGCAGGAGCAGCUGCAGGGGGCAGCCCAGACCUGGGCCAGACGCAGAGCUGCUCUGGAGGCCUCAGUAGGCAAGGCCUGUGCACCCCGAGACCUAGAGCGGUUCAUCCGGUUCAUGGCUGACCUAGAGCGUGUGCUUGGCCUUCUGCUGCUACUGGGCAGUCGCCUGGCUCGCGUGCACCGUGCCCUGGCCCGGACAGGGGCAGACAGCGACCCUGACGAGCAGGCUUCUCUGUUGCAACGUCUCAGGCUCCUGCAGCAACAGCAGGAGGAUGCCGGGGAGCUGAAGGAGCACGUGGCACGGCGAGAGCGGGCCCUUCGAGAGGUUCUGGUGCAGGCACUGCCUGCUGGGGAGCUGCGCGCCUACUGUGCCCUCCUGGCCGGCAAGGCUGCCGUCCUGGCCCAGCAGCGCAGCUUGGACGAGCGUGUUCGGCUCCUUCAGGACCAACUGGAUGCUGUUAGGAGCAGCCUUGCCCAUCGACCCUCAUCUCCCAGGCUGGCCUCCCUGACAGGGACCCAGCCUCCCCAUAAACCUCCCUUCCCAGCCCUGCUUAUUUAGCGACAGCGUGGAGGUGGGGAGCAUUGCCCCUGCUGUUCCCUCAUGCUGCUGGGGUGAAGCUGGCUUGUUGGGUGCUUUUCCCCUGGGGUGGGGAUGACCCAGGCUGGGCCCUUCCAGGAUACUUCUUCCAAGUGGUGUCAUGUGGCCUUGCCCACAUCUUGUGGAUUAUCUGGUAAUUAAUUUAUGGGUUUUAUAAACUGCAGUAUUCCCUCUUCUUGUGAUGAGAGAGAGGGUUGGUCCAAAUGGGCUGGAGGGAGUGGAGACAAGCAGAAUCUCAACUUAAGAUGCAGAACAGCCUCUUUUCCCUCAAUAAAAACUGCUGUGAGGAGUGUGUAUGUCACCCAGAAUGUA